GUUUCACUAGUGCAUCUCCAGAUCUUACUGGCUGUUGGUUUGGCCGUCCUCUGUUUCUGCCUGCUGAUUGGCUGCAUCUUCUGUUAUUAUCACAGCAAGCUCCACCCGAAGGAUGACAAGGAGGCGGAGCUAUCUGUGCCUCCCCCUUCUGCAGAUCAUGUGACGAUCACUUUAAGCCCCUCCCCUUCAAUCAUCACUCAGCCAAUCAAACAGCAGUAUGAGGAGCUGGAUGGUGACGUUCUGGAUUUCCCAUCAAUAAACAGCAGUUCAGAAGAUGACAUUUCAAUGACGUCUCUACCAGGACCUCAGAAGUCUCGUUUCAGCCUGCGACGCUUGAGCUCACCUGUAAUUACCUGUAAAUUAGGUAAACCUGCAAUUCGUGGACGCUCCUCACUUCCAACAAUUCCUAAACUCAGCCUGUCGGUGAAGUCUCAUAGCAGAGUUGAUGAUGAUUCAAAUUCGGAAAACAGCAAGAUUAAGGUCUAUAAUGACAGACAUUACGGCUCUAGCAGAUCUACGCCAUCUAUUAGUUUCACUUUGCUGUAUUCAUCUUCCAAUAGCAGACUGACGGUCAGUGUUUUGGGGGUUUUUCGGGGCUCCAGGAGACUCAGUGGGAUGCAGGUUACUGCCUGUCUGCCUCCGCUCUGCCCUGAAACUCUCCAGGCCGGCCGGAAGCAAAGACGCCGCCGCAGCCUCAGUGCAGAGUGUCCAGCGCAGGUGUUCAGUCUGCAGGUGUGGUCAGUGCAGGAGCUCCAGACCUGCACCCUCAGACUGAGCAUCUCCAGCAGGGAUUUCUCCGGCCUCAGAGAGACACCGCUGGGAGAACUGGAGAUGUCCUGUGCUGAAAUCCAGUGGGAAUCUGAUCACACCUUCAGCUUAACUCGACAGCUCAACCCUGCCAGGAGGAAGCUGAGGAAGAGUCAGAGUUGUCAGGCUGCAGUGGGAGCUCCAGUGAGUCUGCUGCGCUCUCUGGGUCAGAUCCUGAUUCUGCUGCAGUAUCAGUCUCUGGCACACCGCAUUAAAGUCAUGGUCAGGAAAGCCCAAAACCUGCCCAAACUCUCCAGGAUGCCCGGGACUCCAGAUCACUCCGUCAUCAUUAACCUGCUUCAGGAUGGUACAGUCAUCAGCACUAAGGAGACCAAGUGCUCGAGUGGACUGAACCCUGUUUGGAACGCUCCCUUUCUGUUUGAUCUACCAGCCGGAGACGUCAGCACACUGAUGCUGGAGUUCAUCAUCAUGCAGGGACGACUGUAUGCGAAGAGUUGCGUUUUGGGUCGUGUUCUGAUUGGCUGUGAAGGCUCUGAGGCGGGAAACCAGCACUGGAGAGAGAUGCGCAACACACCGCAAGUGGAGACCGCCUGCUGGCACCUGCUCCAGCAGGACACCCCAUAG